AUGAGGGGCGGUGGUGGAUGGUCUCUCUGUCUUCCAGCCCUGGGAGGACAAAGGGGCUUCCAGAAAGAGAGGAGGAGGAUGGCCAGUGGGAAUGGACUCUCUUCAUCCUCGGCCCUUGUGGCCAAGCGCCCCUCUGCCCUGGGCCCAUUCCCCAGAUAUGUCUGGAUCCACCAGGACACACCCCAAGACAGCCUAGACAAGACUUGCUAUGAAAUCUGGAAGAGAGUUCAGGGCUUACCUGAGGCCCUGCAGCCCAGGACCUCGAUGGAGCAGCUCUCUACCCCCAUGGCUGGAACUCCAAGAGACCGUGGGUUCAGCUUCCAAGAAGAAGCUCUGGAACUCAGCAGUGGCAAGGAUGAGAUCUCCCUGUUGGUGGAGCAGGAGUUCUUGAGUCUCACCAAAGAGCACCUCAUCCUGGUCAAAGAGAGCUCAGGGGACCUGGCAGCACCGGGAGGCAUUCCCCAAGGGACCAGAGAACCAGUUCCUUGUAUUCUCGCACCUCCUUUGGUGGCUGGUAGCAGUGAGCGCCCUGGAGCCUCCAUCAUUGCUGGUGACAACCUGCGGGAGCAGAAGGUGGCCGUGUCUGUGAUUGGCAGCCGGCAGGACUGCGAUUCUGCCCUGUCGACGGUGACAGGCAUCUUGCGUGCUGCCAAGAUCAAAGGGACCGAGGAUGGGGGCCACAGCCUGGGUGCCUCCAACUCAGAGAUCAGCAAGCUCCUGGCCCAGUUUCCACUGAAGUCCACGGAGAUGUCCAAGACCCCCGACAACAAGAUGGUGCUGGAGGAGGCAAGGGUCAUCAAGGACUUCCUGCAGAACAGCAUGUUCAGUGGCUCUGGGAGCUUCAGGGAGCCUACAGGGCUGGGCCCAUUCCUGCUGCUGCCACCCCCACCUCCUCCUGCACCCCCCGACAAACUCUUGGAGCUCCCUGCUCAGAAGAGGCAGCUCCCCGUGUUUGCUAAGAUCUGCUCCAAGGCUGAGUCUGACCCCACCCUGGAGGGGCACCACUUGAUGGAACGGAAUCCUGGCAGCAAGGAGCUGGCCAAGGGUCGAGAGAGCCUCUUCCUCAGCCAGUGGCCCCAGAGCCGGAAGGACAGCUGCAGUGAGGAGGGUUGCAUUGACCCAGUGGGCACCAUGUCCACCAAGAAGCCUGCAUGGCCGGCCAAGAAGAACCUGCUUUAUGAGUUCCUUGGUGCCACCAAGAACCCGAGCGGACAGCUGAGGCUUCGCAGCAAAGUGGAGAUGGAUGGGCUGGAGCUGAAACUUAACCCUCCAGUUACAGUGGCCAACAAGAACAACCUUAAGUUCACAGGGAACGUUUUCACCCCACGCUUUGCCACAGCCUUGACCUCCACGACAGUGAACCAGCCUUUCUGGCUCAACCUGAACUGCCCGCCUCCGCCGGUGUUCACCAAUCACUCCACUUUCCCGCAGUAUCAGGGCCUGCACCCCCAGCGCUCAGCCAGGACACCCUAUCAGCAGCCUGUGCACCCCCAGCUGGGGUGUUACUCCCGACAGGUGACACCAUACAACCCCCCACAGAUGGGACAGCAGAUCUUCCGCUCGUCCUACACCCCCCUGUUAAGCUACAUCCCCUUCGUCCAGCCCAACUAUCCAUACCCGCAGAGGACGCCUCAAAAGCUGUCCACCAACCCCCGAGACCCUUCCCCCAUGGCAGGAGAUGGGCCGCAGUACCUCUUCCCCCAAGGAUAUGGGUUUGGCUCGACGUCUGGUGGGCCCCUGAUGAACAGCCCCUAUUUUUCCUCCAGUGGGAAUGGCAUAAAUUUUUAG